AUUCAGGAUAGGUAGAAUUCAACUGGUCAACCAAAAUAAAUCAACUAAACCCACCCUUAUAGAGAAAAGAUAAAACACAAGCUACAUCUAUAAUAUAAUAAUGUAUAUUAUUUUCUCCAAGCUACCCUAUAGUAGGCCUAAUUAUACUUUUAUCAGUCUAACUGAUUCAAACUUCCAUAAAUUUAGUAAUAUUAUUGUGUACUUACAUUGAUGAUAGAAGAUCACGUGACUUCAAAACAAAUAAAUGCCUGGAUAAAACACUGGAAACAGGAAAUGUACUCUGUAUAGGGAGGAAUAGUGAUGACGUAUUCGUUGCUAGGGUAGCCAUCUUUGUUUCCAUACACACGUUGCUAGGGAGAUUUCACUAUGGUGUUUGCACUUGGUUCGUGUAGUACGUUGGCAUAUUAUGAGUUUUAUUUUGUAAAUUUUGAUUUUUAGACAUAGAGAACAUUGUUUUUAGUAGCUAGUCAUUCAUAUAAUUGAAUUCAGGUCUUAUGUUAAAUUAGUUAGCAAGUAUUAGCAGUAUUUUCAUAGAUUUUUGUUUAGAGGGUGUAGCCGGUCAAAGGCUGUAGUAUUUAGAUUUAGGCAGGUUUAAUAUUUAGUUAUCUAACGUUAAUAGUCGUUUUAGAAGAAAUUAGGUUAUGCAUAGUUAGACAGGUAAAUUAUUAGGGCUAUAAGAUCAGAGUAGGGUUAUUAUUAUUAGUUAUAGGUUAUAGAAUAGGUUAAGCAUUGAACUAGGUAGGCAAUGUCUGUCACAAUAGGCGAAAUAGUUAGCUUCUUUAGGGAUGAACCUAAUGCAGUUAAGAAAGGUGAAAACGCUGUGAAAUCAAAUCAUAUAGGUAUCAAAAAUUAUUUACGAUUGCGAUUUGAAAAAUUUGCAAGGUGUUGUGCAAGCCAGUAUGAAAAACAGAUCCUACAACGUGAAGAUUGAUUUGAAUGAAGAUGGAAGUGUUCAACAUUCAAAUUGCACUUGUCCAAGGGGAAAUUUCAAGUGCCAUCACAUGGCUGCAGUGAUGAUUUAUGCGCACAAGAAUAUUCCAUCAACAAGUGCUGAUUGUCGAUGGAGCAGAGUGAAGACAGUGGAGGGUGACAAGCCACAAAAGGCAGAGGACCUCUUUCCUCCAGGAAAAGAAUAUCGAGCUACAAAAGCGCCACUCAAGGAAGAGGACAUUAAAAAGUUUCAGGACAGUCUACGUCAGAGCAACUUCAAUGUUGGCUUCACAUGGCUCAUGUCGGAGGAACCAGCUCCAUCAUUGCUCGCUGAGGUUCCAGAAAUGGAGAAGAUUUUAUUCUCCAGAGAAUAUCUGGCAUCAGAUGAUAGAACUUCUUUCAUAAAAUCGGUGUCACAAAUAUCCAGGAAGGACAUUGAAAAUGUUGCUCGCAUAACUGUCGGUCAGUGCGAAAAUCCUCUCUGGUUUGCUGCAAAAAAAUACCGUCUGACCGCCAGUAAUUUUGGUAAGGUAUUAUCUGCAUACAAACGGAAUAGGUAUCCUCCCUCAUUGUUCAAACAAUUGAAAGGAGAUUACAAUUUUAAAGCAGUGAGAAGUUUACAGUGGGGCAGGGACAACGAGCAAACUGCUCUGCGAUGUUUGGAGGAGGUUAAUUCGGUGAAGAUUGAAAAAACAGGGGUUUGGCUCCAUGAGUCAGGUUUUCUGGGAGCCAGUCCUGACGGCAUCAUAAAAAAUGAAAAUGCCAUUGUGGAGGUGAAAUGUCCAUAUAUUUUCAGAAAGUCAGAGAACAUCAUUGAAUCCAUUAGAAGUUUUAAGACUUACAUAUUGAUGGUGAAUGACGAAAAUUUGAUGUUAGUGAACAAGGAGCACGAUUACUACCAUCAAAUUCAAGGGCAACUCCAUAUUACAGGAGCACAGAAAUGUUAUCUUGUAGUAUGGAGUCCCAGUGGAUAUCUCAUCACAGAAAUCAUCAAAGAUGAUGAUUGGGCAGGGAACAUCAAAAUACUGCACGAUUUCUUCCUGUACAAAUUUCUUGGAAAGUUUGAUUUUUGAAUUAAAAUAAUGUUUUUCUAACUA